AUGUCCUCAUUCUCCCAGACCCUUCAAUCUCACCGUCCGGAUCUGCAGCCGUACGAAGAGCUCUAUAAGCACUUCCAUGCCAACCCUGAGCUCAGUAAUCAAGAAAAGGAAACCGCUGCUACCAUUGCCUCAUACCUGACCACGAAUAUCUCUAGCGAGUUUGACGUGCGCCAGAAUAUUGGAGGCUUUGGCAUCGCCGCUCUGUUCCGCAACGGCGAAGGUCCCACCGUGCUCCUCCGUGCCGAUUUCGACGCUCUGCCCAUCCUCGAACGCACCGGUCUUCCCUACGCCAGCAAGAAAACCCAACACGACCCCGUCACCGAUACCAUGAAGCCCGUCAUGCACGCCUGCGGCCACGACAUGCACAUCACCUGCCUCCUCGCCGCCGCUCACACUCUCGUCAACGCCAAGGAUUCCUGGUCCGGCACUCUUCUCCUCGCUUUCCAACCCGCUGAAGAACGAGGCACCGGCGCCCAAGCCAUGGUCGAUGAUGGCCUGUACGAUCCAGCUCGCCAUGCCGUGCCGAUUCCCGAUGUCUGCAUCGGCGGUCACGUCGUACCGUGGCGUGCGGGUGUGUUGGGAACUCGACCCGGACUGGUUGCGACAUCCGCGGACAGCAUGAGAAUCACUCUGCACGGGAGAGGAGGGCAUGCUAGUAUGCCACACCGACUUGUUGACCCGGUCGUUCUCGCAGCUCACACCAUCCUUCGCUUGCAAACUAUCGUCUCUCGCGAAGUGGACCCUUGGGAUACUGCCGUGGUGACUGUCGCGAGUGUGCAAGCAGGCGAUGCGGAGAAUGUCGUUGUGGACGACGCGCGUAUAGCUGUGGACGUACGUACCGCCCUGCCAGCGACACGAGAAAAGGUCCUCGCAUCCGUCCGCCGCAUUGUCAACGCUGAGUCCGUGGCUGCAGGAGCUGUCAAGCCUCCUACGAUUGAGAUCACCCGCAACUUCCCCCGCACGGUCAACGAUGAGGCGGUCACCGGGAAGCUUGAGGAGAGCUUCUCCGCACACUUCGUCAGUGGCCCGCAGGCCUACAACAACGCGUGCGACAAGCUGUGCGGCUCGGAAGACUUUGGCAUUCUGGCGAGCGCGGUGGAGAAGCCGGCUAGUUUCUUCAUGUAUGGAGGCAUUCCGCAUGAGUUGUGGGAUCAAUGUGAGAAGGAGGGUACAUUGAGUGAGAAUGUGCCCAUCAAUCACUCUGCACUAUUCGCGCCGGCUAUACACCCGACCUUGACGACUGGGAUAGAUGCGUACGUACUGUCGGCGUUGACUUGGAUGGGGAAGAGGUAG